AUGCCCAUCGUCUUCAAAACCAAGCACGAGCAAAUAAAGGAGCUGGCGGAUGACAUUCUUCCAGGAAUGAGCCAGCAAGACCUCGAGCAGAGGAGGCCACUUUUCUGGGAGUUCCUCUCCAAUAAUGGCUGGCAGCGGUACUGGAAGUUCAAAGGUCUCACGGCGGACGAGGUCCUCAACCAGGUCCUGUCCACCCCGGACAGCGGCAACGUGGCCCGAUCAGAAGCGACCGAAAACGCUUAG